GUCUGUUUGCCAAAAACAGCGGUCAGUAGCGCAAGCGUGGUCGCUUUAAUACGCACUGGUGACUGGAGCAGACAGUACAGCUAAGCUCAAAGCUCAAAAAAGCUCAUAGUUCACAGCGUUGUCUACCUUUUUUCUGGUUUCACGAAGUCUCAGAUCGGAGACCUUCGAGAUGAGGUGGAGUUUUGUGGCGGUGGUAGUACUGACGGUGGCGGCGGUGGUUUGUCCCAAAGCAAGUUCGAUUGGAGCGAACUGGGGAACGCAGGCCUCCCACCCUCUUCCACCAGAUAUAGUGGUGAGGAUGCUGAGAGAGAAUGGUAUUCAGAAAGUAAAGCUCUUCGACGCUGAGUACGACACUCUCAGAGCUCUGGGCAAAUCAGGAAUCGAGGUUAUGGUCGGUAUCCCCAACGAGAUGCUAGCCUCUCUCGCCUCAAGCCUCAAAGCCGCUGAGAAAUGGGUUGCUAAAAAUGUUUCUACUCACAUCAAAACCGAUAACGUCAACAUCAGGUACGUGGCUGUUGGUAAUGAGCCUUUCCUGUCGACUUACAACGGGAGCUAUCUCACCACCACAUUCCCCGCGCUGAGAAACAUCCAAAUCGCGUUAAUAAGAGCCGGUCUUCAGAACCAAGUGAAAGUGACCUGUCCCCUAAACGCCGACGUCUACGAAAGCUCCAACACCUUCCCCUCCGGAGGCGACUUCAGAGCCAACAUCCGCGACCUCAUGAUCACAAUCGUCAAGUUCUUGAGCGACAACGGCGGCCCCUUCACCGUCAACAUCUACCCUUUCAUCAGUCUCUACAACGACGCCAACUUCCCAGUAGACUACGCCUUCUUCGACGGCAACUCGCAGCCGGUCAGCGACGGUGGAACAUUCUACUACAACAUGUUCGACGCAAACUACGACACUCUGGUCCACGCCCUCGAGAAGAACGGCUUCGGAAACAUGCCGAUCAUAGUCGGCGAGAUCGGUUGGCCUACGGAUGGGGACAAGAACGCUAACGUGGAGUUCGCUAAGAAGUUCAACCAAGGCUUCAUGGCCCACAUCUCAGGCGGGAAAGGCACUCCUAGAAGGCCUGGCCCAAUAGACGCCUACCUCUUCAGUCUCAUCGACGAGGACGCCAAAAGCGUUCAGCCUGGUUACUUCGAGCGUCACUGGGGGAUAUUCACGUUCGACGGGUUGCCAAAAUACGUGUUGAACUUGGGAACGACCAACACUGGAGCUUUGAUACAAGCCAAAGGUGUGAGGUAUCUGCAGAGGAAGUGGUGUGUGAUGAAGCCUAACGUGAGGCUGGACGAUCCUCAGGUGGCGCCUAGCGUGAGCUACGCGUGUAGCCUCGGGGAUUGCACUAGCCUCGGGGUUGGGACGUCGUGUGGGAAUCUGGAUGGGAAGGAGAAUAUAUCGUAUGCUUUUAACAGUUAUUAUCAGAUAAAUGACCAGCUGGAUAUGGCGUGUAAGUUUCCGAAUAUAUCGGAGGUGACUAAGACGGAUCCUUCGACGGGGACGUGCAGGUUUCCGAUUAUGAUAGAGCCUUAUUACGGUGCGGCUGUACAAGGACAAGUGUUCUUCUUCCCGCUGCUGGUGGCUGUAGCCAUUGCCAUGCUAUCUAUUUUUUGAUGGUUUCUUGUUGUGUUGUAGCAUUAUGUGUGAUGUGUUUUUUUUUCUUUUCUGUUCCUUUUCUUGGAUUCUAAUUUCUCUCUCCCAAGAACAAGUGAAAAUAGUGCUGUGUUCAGGGAACUAUUUGUUUGGUGUUUCGGACAUUUUGAUAUCUCUAAACUCAGAAUUAAGGGCCGGAUUAAAGGCACAAUCACUC